CGAAGCUCAGCGGCUCUGUCCUGAGAGGAGACGAGGGUUUAACCAGUGAGAGAGAGGGAGGUGGGGGGGAGAGGAAUGGGGAAUCCGAAACAAAAAUGGACUUCGGAGGAGGAGGAGGCGCUACGCGCCGGCGUAGCGAAGCACGGCACCGGUAAGUGGAAGAAUAUCCAGAAGGAUCCGGAGUUCAACCAUUUUCUGUUCACCCGUUCAAACAUCGAUCUGAAGGACAAAUGGCGGAAUAUGAGUGUCAGUGCUAGUGGACAAGGUCCAAGGGAAAAAUCACGGACUCCAAAAACAAAGGCCAACACAGAUGCUCCCAGUGCUGCUACCGUGUCCAAUCCACAAAAUUCCAGUUCAGCUGCUCCUGUUACAGGUGAUGCCUCAGCAGAUGCCAUGGAUGAUGCUUCAAAGAAUAUACUGGAUGGGAAAAGUGCUCCAAGGUACAAUGCAAUGAUUUUUGAAGCGCUUUCAGCCCUAAAAGAGCCAAAUGGAUCAGACACUAGUACGAUUGUUAGCUUUAUUGAGCAAAGACAUGAGGUGCCACAAAACUUUAGGAGGUUAUUAAGUUCAAGGUUAAGACGGCUUGUUGCACAGGACAAACUUGAAAAGGUUCAAAACUGCUACAAGAUAAAGAGAGAUCCCUCAUUUGGGACUAAAACACCUACCCCGAAACAGAAGGACAUCAGACCUAGGCAGUCACAAAGCACAGAUUAUGUAGCCUCCAUCGAGACGGUAGAAGAAGCAGCAGUGGCUGCUGCCUACAAGGUCGCUGAAGCAGAAAACAAGUCAUUUGUAGCAGCUGAAGCAGUCAAGGAGGCAGAGAGGGUUGCAAAGAUGGCUGAAGAGUCAGAAGCGAUGCUACAGUUCACACUAGAGAUACUUGAGAAAUGUUCUCGUGGUGAAGUUGUGUACAUAGCAUAGGAUAGUGAUUGAUUCAUGUUGUCAAACUAAAGACUUGGAACUAUUUGAUCAGAACAUGAGUUUAUCAUAUCUCUCUCUCUCUCUUCCCUUCCUUUUUUCUUUUCAUUUUUUCCUUCAUUUUUCUUCUUCUUCAGGUUCUCUUAGGCAGGUAAAGGUUUGUAAAUUUAGUUUGCUGUAAUAGUCGCAUUUUGUUUAGGUUGGAUGAAAGGAAAAAUCAUGACUGGUUGUGGGUAACUAAUUGCAUCAUAUACAACCUUGUUAAGAUCCUGGUAAUGAACCUAGCGAUAAAAUUAACCAAUAAAGUACCAUGCAUUGCCUGAA